AUGAACCCCUCACCGCAUGGCAUCGCGGCCGGCCAUGCUCAUCCCGUUGCCAUCCCCCGGCAGCAGGUGAGCAUCGAGCGCCUGCCCGCGCGGCGCCAGGAGACGGGCCCGCGCGAGUCCAUGAACUGCAAGUCGUGUCGCAAGCGAAAGAUCAAGUGCAACCGGUUACGGCCAACAUGCGAGGCCUGUCAGAUUUUUCAGUGCCCUUGCGUUUAUGAUGCCGUCCCCAAAAAGCGCGGUCCCAAGACGGAUGUGCUGGAAGCGCUGCUCAAGCGGGUUGACGGGCUCGAGGCCAAGCUCAAGGAGAAGAACGCCGAGGGAUCAUCGUCAAAGGACGAAGACGCCGGAAACGAUGUGACCCCUGAAGAGUCUGAUGGUAAUGGGGCCGAGCCAAUGGAGCCGCCCCUGAAGCGAAUUGCUAGCGGGUCAGAUAAUGCGCCCACGAGCACCUCAUCGCGGGUGAAUUCAUUGGUUCUGGAUCCAAGAGAAUCGCCGGCCUCGCCAGUACAGGUCGACACGCUCCUUCACACCUACUUUACCCGCUCUCAUGGCAAACCGUAUUACAUUGUCGAUGAGUCGUCCACGAGACAUCGCAUUCAGUCCGGCCAAGCGCCCCAUCACCUGUGCUGCGCUAUCUGGGCUGUGGCUGCAAGGCUCACUCCUCAUCCUCAAGGCGCUCAGGCUGCCGUGCAACUCAGCGAGGAUUAUGCUGCACGGGCAAGACAAUCAAUGGACAUUGACGAGCCGUCAAUCGAUGCUCUGCAGACCCUGUUGCUUCUCGUUCUUGCCUUCAUUGCGUCUGGAAAAGGAAAGAAGGCACAUAUGCUCAUGGCAAACGCCAUUGGUAUGGCGACAGCUCUUGAGCUCCAUCGUGAGGUCGAUACGCAGGCACCAAUUGGACUGGCAGAUCGAGAGUUGAGGAGACGGCUGUUCUGGACGUGCUACAUCCUCGAUCGGUUCCUGACAUGUGGUUCCAAACGGCCAUCGCUGAUACGCGACAAGGGCAUCGCCCUCCGCCUGCCAUCGUGGUCCCCUAGCCCCUCUGCCCUACCCAUCGAUGGCGAAUUCUUCCAACGCGGCUCCAACGUCCAGUACUUCCAUGGUAAUGGCAAAAAGUCCCAGGGUAGUACUGGCAUGCUCAUCGACAUCACUCGCAUCCUGGGCAUCACCAACAGGUAUCUUGCGGCCGGCGGCGUCAAAGGGGACUCUCAUUUUCCCUGGCACUCGUUGUCAACGUUGUCAAAGAUUCGCCAAGAACUCGACUUUUGGGCUUCCGGCGCCGGGGAGAUGUUUUCCGGUCUGCAUGUGCUGUUUCGACAACCAGAGGCAACAAUCCUCGUCCUCGGCAAAUUCAUCUAUCAUCUCAUCCACUGCCUGGUCUACCGACCCUUUCUACCUAUCGAUCUGGCGGAGUUGGCUGGCAACGGCCAGCAUCAGUCAUGGCAGAUUGAGGCGACCAACAUGUGCUUUCUGCACGCGAACGCCAUAGCGGAGCUGAUUGACUUUGCCCGACAAGCAAGCACGAUCGAGUGGCCUGCAAUCGUCGGGUACUGCAUAUGCACGGCAGCGACGGUGCAUAUCCACGGCACACAUUACACCAACACCAGCGCCCUUGGCGAGUCGAACGUCUUCAGCCAAUCGUCGGAGUCCCUGUCGCGGGAGAUGCAGACGCUAAGUGAGCUCCAAUACGCUUGGGCCAACGUGCAGCAUGAACGGGAUACUCUGCAGGGUAUCUACAACGCCCACGGCGAAUUGGUGAAUGCCAUGCUCGGCAGCGCGAUGCGGUACACGCCUGGAUUCCAUCUCGAGGACUUUUUCGACCGGUAUUCGAACAUUGGCGGUCCUGGUGGCAAGUCUUUCCGCUUCGACCCUGCCCACCUAAGCCUCGCAGACACUGUGGUGGAUUUCUUCGUGGGAUCUUAUGCAGGAACUGCGGCUCAAGCAGCGCAGGCGGCCAGCCACGCAGAACGGCCGAAGCUGAAGCGCAAAGCCACGUCCUUGAGCCAGCAAACCCAACGGCUCGACGUGCGGGGACAGCCCACACCUGGGGCAUCGGCUCCCCUGCCGUCACCCGAAGCGUCAAGAGCCGCUUCAUACCAGCCAGGAGCCGUGCAGCCAUCACAGGCCGGGCCGUCUCCGCCACAGGCGCAUUACGAGAAUCCGGAGUAUAGCCAGAGCACCAGCAAUAUACGGAACACGAUGCCGCCGGUACCCGCACCGUCGGCUUCGGGCCAAGGGCAGGCGUAUGGCGUGUCGCCUUUGACGCCGCGGACCGCGGGACAGGGCAUGCCGUCGUUGUCUGGCACUGGACUCAGCCCCUACGGGUAUGGCUCUGGCUUCACGCCCGGCAACACGGGCCAGAUUUCGGGCAAUGACAGCAAUCCAACAUACGACCCCAUGUUUGGAACACUACCGACGAAUGCUUUUGGCAGUCCUGCCACGUGGACUGGCGACGAUGGCCAGCAGAACAAGAUGAGCAUUCUCAACUCGGGCGCUCCGGCACCGAGCCCGGGCACCAAGAGUGCCAAGAGCGGCAGCACUGGCACGACGCAAACGGAUGAAAAGGACCCGUUUUUGAGCCUACUCGAGCAGCUGGCUGAGGACGAACAGAGGUUCAACACGGGGACGGGGAACGAGCUCGACUACUUCCUUGCGGGAAGUGGGGGUAACGCUUGA